UUUCCAUUUUUAUUUUUCCAAAAUUGAACACAAAACCCCAGCCGGGCGGCGAUAGUUGGUUACUAAAACUUCUCGAAAACAGUAUCAGAGAGGUGAAGUUGUGAAGCUUGAAAGACAAUGGGUGGCAACGGCGGAGAGAUCCUUAUGUUGGAGGCACCGCCGGAGGCUGCUCGGCCGUGGGCCUCUGCUUCCAGUGCGGAGAUUUUGGACGCAUUACCCUACAUAGACGACGACUACGGGAACCCUAAGGUUAAGGAAGAGGUUGAUCGAUUGGUAGAGGAAGAGAUGCGUAGGAGUACCAAGAAGCCCGCGGACUUCCUCAAGGAUUUGCCCCCCCUGCCCAGCUUUAAUUUUCAGAAUCACCCCAUGGUUGGCAAAGAGUAUGAGCGGGUAAGAGCGGGGAGGCCACCCGUGACCCUUGAUUUUUCCUCGCGCUAUCAAGUGGAAACACCGGCCAUCAAUAAGAGAAAUGAUGAGGGUUCUUGGAAGCAGGCACUUCACAGAUCUCAGCGCUCUUUACAACAUCAAGUCAUUAGGUUGGAGAAUUUGGAGUUGAUGUUAAAAUACGGCCCUGACGUUUGGAAACAUAACAACCAACGGUUGGAAGGGUUUUUGGCCAGAAUGCAAAAAUUAGCUCAGCAGCAAAAUGACCAAAUUGAAACUGUAAACCGUGAAAGAAAAUAUCAUCAGCAAAAUACUGCCUACGAACUCAACGCUUUAUCUGCACAAUGGAAGGAGCUUUGUCUGAAAAACAUAGAAAUUCAUUCUGCAUGUGCUCAUAUUGAAAAUCAUAUAGAAGAAUUGAGGAGAGAAGCUGCUGAGAGAGGCUGGAACUUGGAAGCUAAUUUAGAGAAUGGUGCUUUGUCACCUUCAGGAUAGCGAGGCUUUCGAAAGAUUCAGUGGCUUGAUAUGGUUAGCGAAGCUUGCAACUGCUUAGUAGUGUCCUCAAUGCCAUGUUCCUGGUUUAUGCUGGCUUAUGGAUGGAAAGUUGUAGCAGUUUUAUGGGCAAGAUCAUAUCCUGAUUCUACUUGAGAAUUCCCUCAUUUUUCCUGUAUUGAAUCCGUUCAACUGUAUUGUACUUUUAUACCAUGAUCUUAUAAUUGUCAAAGAAUAGACUGAUGUUCUCCGUGUAAGAACAACUCAGAUAAGUGUAAGAAACCCUUUUGUUUAGAGAGCUUAAUUGUCCUAUUUUUUAUGCAUUCAACCAUUUUGGUCC